ACGCCCUUCCAUUGACCCAACGUCCAAAGCUUAUGGGCCGCCUGAAACACUGGUUCCCGCUGGUUCCCGACCGGCAGUGGGAUGAAAGCCUCUACACUUGCCCAUAGGAAGCCACGAGCCACCUCCGACAACUCCUUCUUCCCACGGCAAGACCAAUUGUGAACUUCUCCCAGCACUUUUCAUCUGCACCUCUUCACGAUGUCUGACAGCUGUGCAGAGCUUACCGCGCUCCCAGCCGUAUUGCACAAGGAUCCCGAGUCUCUGGAUCCAACUGCUGUCCGACCUGGGCACGACGGAAUUGGAAAUCCAGAUGGCCUGGCAUCCAAGGAGACCAUCGACAAUAACGACGCGAUCGAACAAGACUCCGAGUCCCAGUCGUCUCAUGGCCAGGAAUUCUCUCUUCCUCCCGUCGAUGGCGGCAAGGAUGCGUGGCUUUUCUUGGCUGCUUGCUUCGUGGUUGAGGCUCUUGUGUGGGGUUUUCCCUUUUCGUACGGCGUCUUCCAAGACUACUAUUCUACUCAUGAGCCGUUCCAGGGUUCGAGCAAUAUCGCCGUAAUCGGCACUUGCGCAAUGGGCAUCAUGUAUCUCGACCUGCCCAUCGUCUUCGGCCUUCUUCGCCGCUGGCCACGCUCCCAGCGCUACGCAACCGUUGGCGGGCUGCUCGUCAUGUGCCUGGCGCUCGCCCUCAGCGCGUUCUCCACCAACACCAACCACCUGAUCGUGACCCAAGGCGUUAUUUACGCCAUCGGUGGCAGCUUCGCUUACUCUCCAUGCAUCUUAUAUAUGGAUGAAUGGUUUGUUAGGAAGAAGGGCCUCGCUUAUGGCAUCAUGUGGGCUGGGACCGGCCUGGCGGGCGUCAUCCUGCCCCUCUUCAUGCAAUGGCUGCUGAAUGCGUACGGGUACCGCACCACGCUUCGUGUAUGGGCCAUCUGCCUCUUCGUCCUGACAGCUCCGCUGCUCUACUUCAUCAAGCCGAGAAUUCCGGUCGCGCAGACCCACCAGCCUCGCCCUCUCGACUUCGGCUUCUGGCUCACGUCGACAUUCGGCGUGCUGCAGGUCUGCAAUGUCAUCGAAGCGCUCGGAUUCUUCCUUCCGUCCAUCUACCUCCCGUCAUACGCGCGAAGCUUGGGCGCCUCGAAUGCUCUCGCCUCUCUGACUGUCGUUCUCUUCAACGUCGCCUCGGUGUUUGGCUGCGUGCUCAUGGGCUCCAUCGUCGACAAGUGGCACGUCACCACCUGCAUCCUGAUCUCGACUAUCGGCUCAACCAUCAGCGUCUUCAUCAUCUGGGGGUUCUCGGUGAGCCUUGCUCCCCUGUAUAUCUUCUCCCUCGUCUACGGCCUCUUCGCGGGGAGUUUCACGAGCACGUGGCCGGGUAUCAUGCGCGAGGUGCAGAAGAAGAAAGAGCGAGCGGACCCGAGUAUGAUAUUUGCGUGCCUGGCAGCAGGAAGAGGCGUUGGCAACGUGGCGUCGGGCCCCUUGAGCGAGGUCUUGAUCCGAGGCAUGCCUUGGCGUGGAGAUGUAGCUUUCGGGUACGGGAGUGGCUACGGCACGUUGAUCGUUUUCACGGGCAUUACGGCGUUCUUCGGAGGUGCAAGCAUCUUCGGAAGACGCAUUGGCUGGGUGUAGGCUUCUACUAACGCCCUGGACGGCUGCAUUCUGGGUUCAACAUUUUCAGGCUGGGACUGGGAAGCGUAAGUUUCUCUCAUCAUAGAUUUCGGCCGGGAGCAUCACAUCGGAUUAGAUAUACCAUCAAAGAUCCAAUAUGUUGCAUACAAUUUUUAGCCAAACCCCAACGAUAUCUUGCACAAAA